GCAUUAGGUUCGCGUGCACCUUCUCCCCCACGCUCACACCUUCUCUCUUGCUAACACACAUACCCACCCAAGUCACCGAUCGUCAAUUCAUUUAUCGCCUCUCUUUCAUGAGCAGCCUCCAUUUUCUCAAACAUUCAAUCUUUUUCAAUCUUCUUGCGCCAUCUUUAUGAUCAUCGGUCCCAACCAACUUCAAAUUUAGAUUCAUCUCGUAAGUAUAAAGGAAAGAGGAAGAGAUGAAGGAAGCAAUUACAAUUACAAAUGCCAAGAGCAACAAAAUUGACUAGGAAAACCGAGAUGGAGAACUCAAAUCUAGCCAACUGUCCACAUGAAUGGAGUGCAUAAAGUUGUAGCUAUAAGCUUAAGUUUCGAAUGUUUCGUCCCCAUAAGAUCUGAUUAUCAAGAAACUCGGAAUUAAGAACAAUGCAGCAGUUUUUCAUUCCUGCCUGCCAUUGCUUGCAAAUCUGACAUGUCAGCCACAAAGCCACUUGGUGAUGGAAUUCUGCAUAACUAUGAGCCUAUGAGGGUUAGAUUUCAAUAGUUCAAAGUUCUUUGGGUUUGGAGUGGAAGAUAGAAGGAGAUUUUCUUUUUUAUGGGAAAGAAUGCCGGAUUUGAGAAGUGGAGUUCGGCGCUCAAAGAGGGUGAAUAAUGUCCACGAGAAUCCUCCAGUUGUAGUUCCAACUGCGUGGCCUGGAGUGGGAAAAGGACCAGUUGGUAACGGAAGAGGAAGAGGACUUAGAGCUAUGAAUCAAGGUAAGAUCUCCAAGCCUCUUGGUGCUGGAGUUGGUGGACGGGGACGCGGGGGUUUAGACUUGCCUGGGAGACAGGUAGUUGCCAUUCAGGAUGAGUUGGUGGUUCAUAAAAGUGCAGAAAAAUUAGCUGCUGAAGAGGAGCCCAGCUCAAGUCCACUUCCUGAAAGGGUUCAGGUUGGCAACUCCCCUGUGUACAAGUUAGACAGAAAGCUGGGUAAAGGGGGUUUUGGGCAAGUAUUUGUUGGAAGAAGAGUGACUGGUGGUACCGGGCGAACUGGGUCUGAUGCCUCUGAGGUUGCUUUGAAAUUUGAGCCUCGAAAAAGUAAAGGAGGUCAUUGUGGUCCUCCUUUUGAGUGGCAAGUAUACAGCAAUCUUAAUGGUUGUUAUGGACUUCCCUUGGUCCAUUAUAAAGGGAAACAAGGAGACUACUAUAUCCUAGUGAUGGACAUGCUAGGCCCAAGCUUAUGGGAUGUUUGGAACUCUUACAACCAGAUGCUGUCUGAGGAGAUGGUUGCUUGUAUAGCAGUGGAGGCUAUAUCAAUUCUAGAGCAACUUCAUUAUAAAGGUUUUGUGCAUGGAGAUGUUAAGCCAGAGAAUUUUUUGCUUGGUCAGCCUGGAACACCUAAUGAAAAGAAGUUGUAUCUUGUUGAUCUUGGUUUGGCUUCAAGAUGGAAGGAUGCAUCCUCUGGUCGUCACGUCGAUUAUGACCAAAAGCCUGACAUUUUCAGGGGAACUGUUCGUUAUGCAAGUGUCCAUACUCAUUUGGGUAGGACAGGGAGCCGAAGGGAUGACCUUGAAUCCUUAGCAUAUACCCUCGUAUUUCUCCUUAGAGGCAAACUUCCCUGGCAAGGUUAUGUUGGAGAGAACAAAGGAUUUCUUGUUUGUAAGAAGAAGAUGGCAACUCCUCCUGAGAUGCUAUGUUGCUUGUGCCCUCCUCCUUUUCAACAAUUUCUUGAGAUGGUGACCAAUAUGAGAUUUGAUGAAGAACCAAAUUACUCGAAGCUAAUUUCCCUUUUUGAUGACAGCAUUGGUACCAUUCCAACACUGCGACCAAUCAGAACUGAUGGAGCUAUAAAGGUGGGUCAAAAAAGGGGGAGAUCACUUGUUGAGUUAGAAGAUGUUGGGCAGCUUAAAAAGAGAGUUCGACUAGGUACUCCAGCCACCCAGUGGAUCUCAGUCUAUAAUUCCAGAUCAGCAAUGAAGCAAAGGUAUCACUACAAUGUUAUGGAUUCAAGACUACACCAGCAUGUGGAGAAAGGAAGAGAUGAUGGUUUGUACAUUAGCUGUGUAGCUUCAUCGGUGAAUCUGUGGGCCAUUAUUAUGGAUGCAGGGACAGGUUUUACAUCCCAGGUUUAUGAACUCUCGACCGUGUUCUUGAAUAAGGAGUGGAUAAUGGAACAGUGGGACAAGAAUUACUACAUCACUUCAGUGGCUGGCGCAAGCAAUGGCAGUGCCUUGGUGGUAAUGUCCCAAGGGGUGCCUUACACUCAGCAGUCCUACAAAGUUAGUGAUGUAUUUCCUUUCAAAUGGAUCAAUAAAAAGUGGAAAGAAGGCUUCUCAGUUACUUCUAUGACCACUGCUGGUGUGAAAUGGGGCAUUGUCAUGUCCAGAAAUACAGGUUAUGCUAAUCAGGUCGUUGAACUUGAUUUCCUUUAUCCAAGUGAAGGGAUUCAUAGAAGAUGGGAGACUGGAUAUAGGAUCACCUCUACCGCUGCUACAGCAGAUCAAGCUGCAUUUAUACUUAGUGCACCCAAGAAAAGAUCAGCAGAUGUGGCACAAGAAACUUUGCGGACAUCUGCUUUUCCUUGUAAUCAUGUGAAGGAGAAAUGGUCAAAGAAUCAAUAUAUUGCAUCCAUCUGCUAUGGAAGAACAGUGUCCUGACAUAUGGGGCUUGGAAGAAGAAAGUGCACCUGCACAUUGUUAGCCUGCGGUUGAUAGGGCUUUUGAAGGAUUCAGAAUGUUUUGAAUACGCAUGGAGGUGGCUUUCCUUCAUGUAGAAUCGCUGCAAACAGAAACAGAGGGAUAAAAGCUUGAACUGUGCCAGUAUCAGUCUUUUUGGUCAUGUCUGGCAGAGCUGUUUAAUUUUGUUCAGCCCCUUAUAAAUGUGUGUAUCCUCCGUUUUGGUAUGAUAGUUGAAUACAAUCAGUUAAACCUUGUAGACAAGAGUUUGAAAAGGAUCAGUAAAAGUCCUAAAGCUCUGCAGGUGUUGCAAAGGAGUUGAACCUCAAAUUAUUUCAUAUCAUUGUUGUGUUCAUAAAGGCAUGUAUGUUUAUCAAUUGUUGUACCUAUCUACCAUAUUAUUACAAAAAUGGGGAUAAAAAACCAAUUGAGCCA